AUGGAUGACGAUUUCGAUGAUGGAGAUUAUUACGUCAAGCCGCGCAUGCGCCUCGCAUCUGAGCCGUUCGUUUCGCCGGAGGACCAGCUCGAUCCAGACGCGUCGGUCUCUCGCCCCGUUCUCCUCAUCCUCUGCGGAUUCGCCGCCGCAUUUCUCGCUGCGGGAAUCAUGACGUCAGGAUUCCUCCAAUUCGCUCUCAUCUGGAUCGCGCUCGCCCUCGUUAUAGGCCCCCUCGCUCCUAUCACGCAGACAGGCGGAGACUGUCGAGUUGGUGUCGGCCCCCCGUUAGAAGAACACCAGCACGCGGAGGAGCAACCAGCAGACGAGCCAUCCCCAGCCUCUCGUUACAAGCCCACAGUCGCUCGCGAGCCGCAGGAAGCUGAGCUGGCGGAUCUCCCCGUGCAACGCGCCGCAGACGGCGGCGCCGCCAACGGCGGCAGCAGCGCCGCCAGCGCCGCCGCGAGCGAAGGCGUCGACACGAGCGAGUGGACGCGCGGGGAGUGGGACCAGCUGAAGAAGCUUCUUGUGAAGCUUCCUCGCGGGACGACUCAGCGGUGGGAGAAGGUAGCGAAAGGCGUGGGGUCCGGGAGGCGCGCCGUGGACGAUGUGAUCCGAUCCGCCAAGGCCGUGGCGCUGCAGAAACCGUCGGAUCGCGACGCGUACGCCGCGUUCCUGUCGCAGCGGAAACAGCACAAGGGGAGCAGCGCAGGCGCGGGGGGAGCGGGGGGAGCGGGGGGAGCCGAGCCCGCGCCGACCAGCAGAUGGGAGGAGGAGGGGAUCGCCCCGGGGGGCGCAGGGCCGGAGAACACCGCUGCCGGGGGAGCAGCAGAGGCUGAAAGCAAGGGCGGUGGUAACGCGGUAACCACGUGGACGGAGGCGCAGGACCGUGCGCUGCUGCAGGCGCUGAAGGAGUUCCCCAAGGACACGCCCCUGCGGUGGGAGCGCGUGGCCAGUGCCGUGCCCGGGCAGACCAAGCAGCGGUGCUUCAAGCGCUUCACUGAGCUGCGAGACAAGUUCCGCUCCAAGGGGGGUGACCUCGCAGAAGCAGCGCUGCUUCAAACGGUUCCCUGA